AUGCUGCUGGCAGCUAUCCUAUUAUCUUUUGUACUACUAUCCCUUAUUGCACCUUCAUCAGCACAUAUGGUCAUGUCCGACCCUCCCCCAAUCAACUACAAAGACAACCCGUUUUAUCUAGAAUCGAAAGGCGAUUUCGAUUAUACAGCUCCAAUUUCACCCUCUGGUUCCAAUUAUCCUUGUAGAGGACAUUUGGAUGACUUGGAUACCCCUCAGGGAGGAUCUGUUAAAACCUGGGCUGCAGGAAGUACGCAGACCUUAACAAUUGCUGGUUCAGCUGUUCAUGGAGGUGGAUCUUGCCAAGCCGCUCUUUCGUACGACAAGGGAACAACAUGGAUUGUCAUCAAAUCCUGGAUAGGAAACUGUCCCCACGCCACUCCCGGCGGAGAUCAAACAUUUAAGUUCCCAAUUCCCAGCAGUGCACCUGCCGGUGAAAAAGUGCUUUUUGCAUGGACAUGGUUUAAUAAGGUUGGAAAUCGCGAAAUGUAUAUGAAUUGUGCAGUUGUCACGAUUACCGGUGGCUCAAGCAAGUUAAAAUCGAGAGCACUUAGUGGCCCGACCAUCUUCCUUGCCAAUAUUGGCAACGGCUGCACUACAGCUGCAGGCACAGACGUUGUCUUCCCAAACCCGGGAGAUACUGUUGAGUAUGGAGGAAGUGAGAGUGAUCGGGCGCCGCCCUCUGGUAGCUGCGGAUCGGGCGGGACUGGGACUGCUGCAGGCUCUGGUAGUGGUACAGGAAGCGGUACAGGGAGCGGCACUGGGAGCGGUACAGGCAGUGGUACUGGCAGUGGCUCUUCAAGCUCUGGUACAGGCACGGAUACCGGAAGCGGACAAGUGGUAGGGGGUGGCCUCCAAACCUCAAUGAUUUACUCAUACCCGACUGCGACGAUUGGUGGUGGUAGUGGUGGUGUUGGGGAUAGCGCGGCAACUAACGUUGUUCCUGGGACUGCCGGUUCGAAUCUAGGAUGCGCAUAUUGGAGAACACAAGGUUAUGUUUGCAGUGAUGCUUCGCCAUCACUGCUAGGCAAAUUCACAUUUAUGAAUAUCGCCUUUGGUUUCUUAGCAUUUGGUUGGAUUACACUGAGAGUGUUUUAA